AUGGAUCUCACCUGCAAACAGUCGCCUCAGUCGCCCAUGCGAGUAGGAGUAAAUCAUCCCGAGAGCGACGAGGAGAAUGCGUACAGCGAAGACGACAGCGUGGGAGAGAAUGGAGAAAAUGGAAGUCGGCCCCGUAAAAGACAGCGGCGGCCCAUGUCGGUCUCGUGUGAGCUGUGUAAGCAAAGAAAGGUCAAAUGCGAUCGGGGCCAGCCAUCGUGUGGAUGGUGUACUCGCAAUGGCGCCAUUUGCGAAUACAAGGAGAGAAAGAAACCUGGAUUGAGAGCUGGGUAUGGCCGAGAACUGGAACAGAGGUUGGAUAGACUCGAAGAAAUCAUCAGAUCUCAUUCUCAAAUCCUCGAAACAUCUUUUACGAACCAUAGCAACAGUAUACCCAGCGAUCACGAUACUCCACGAAGUGUGGGCUUCCGUUCGAAUGAUGGACACCGACACGUACCUCAAGCCGAGACCGCGCUCUUCCUGCAAAAGCCUUCUUCCUUUCCAGGUAGCCAGUCGAUAGACUUUGGAAACCCGAUUCCUCAAACGCCAGGCAUGUCAGGUUUACACGGAGACGUCUUUCAGCAAGGGAUGCAACAAUCAAACAGUGUGCAUAACCAGGCCCAUCAGGUAGCCACAGGUCAUGCUCCAGAAUUUUACAACACGGGUCAACCGCCUCUGGCAUCGCCAAGUCUUAAUGUCACGCAAAACUCGCCCGAAUUCUCUUCUGAUCACGCACUUCCCCCAUACGAUCUUCUGUACGCCUUAGUUGAUCUCUAUUUUAAGCAUGUCAACACCUGGUGCCCGAUUUUGCAUCGAAGGUCAACUUUGGAUUCGCUUUUCGGACCCUCAACCUUGGACGAAGCCGAUAAAAUCUUGCUCCAUGCUAUAGUUGCAACAACAUUGAGAUUCUCUACAGAUCAGCGUUUGACCGAGGAUCGGCGGACCCAUUAUCAUGACAUAUCGAAGCAAAAGGUGCUGCUGUAUGGGUUGGAGAACUCUUCUGUGAAAGCACUCCAGGCUUUGGUGAUCCUGGCACUGGAUCUUGUGGGAAGCAGCAAUGGCCCUCCAGGAUGGAACCUACUGGCUUUAAUCACCCGAUCUGUUGUUCAAUUGGGGCUUGCGGUCGAGACUACGUCCGUCUCUGUCUCUCCAAAUUACCCGUCCAUAUACACUCUUCGAGCCAUGGUACUCCCAGAAGCAGAUAAUUUUAUCGAGGAGGAAUCAAGACGUCGUCUCUUCUGGAUGGUGUACCUACUAGACCGCUAUGCAACCAUUGCCACGGCAUUCGAAUUCGCGCUUGACGAGAAGGAAAUCGAUCGAACUCUACCAUGUCGAGAUGAUCUCUGGAACAAGAACCAGCAAGUACAGACACGCUGGUUCCGAACUUCUGAGAGAACGGAAUACGAUAUUGAUAAGCCAGAAAAUCUUGGCACGUUCUCGUAUUAUAUUGAGAUUCUUGGAAUCUUGUCCAGAAUUCACAAGUUCUUGAAAAAGCCAGUCGAUAUUAGUGCACUAUCAGAUGUCGAGCAGUGGCAAGGAGAAUACAGAGAAUUAGAUAAUAUGCUUACGUCUUGGAAAUUCGACCUUCCUGCUGACUAUGGAAAUAUGGCGAAGCUGUUCCAACCUGGAGGUAACAAGUCGAUCAAUUGUGGUUGGGUCAUGUUACAUGCCACAUACCAUACCACAGUAAUCAGACUUCACUCAUCAGCAGCAUAUCCAACAACAAGAUCACCCAUUUUCACACCAUCCUACAGUGCCAGUCAACGCUGCCACGGAGCUGUUGAGAACAUCGCUGCCCUAGGCGAAUUCGUGGUGCAAAACGGCAUGCUUCCCAAAUUGGGGCCUCCAUUUGCCUUCACUCUCUGGGUAGCUGCAAGACUCCUGCUUGUCCAUGGCUCAACUAUCGAGCACAAGCUCAGUCCACAGAUCCAAUUUUUCGUUGACACACUGCGAGAGAUGGGCCGAUAUUGGCUCGUAGCUGAGCGCUACACCGCGAUCCUCCAACGCGUGCUCGACGAACACCGGGACUCAGAACGCUCUGCUGGUACGAGUGGCGAACGCGUCACUCCCUCCUCGGUUAAGAUCCUCGCGGACAUGAGACGAUGUGCUUAUGACCUGGACUUCCUCAUCUCACGACAGCCGAAGCACAUCGGCAUGGUAUCACGCCUGCCUAGCGUAACGCCCGCGAGAACCCCAGCUCCCAACGAGUUGGAAUAUCUCGACGUCUUUGAUUUCUUCAAUGUGCCCCGACUACCCGUGGCCCCUGGAGACCUAGGCCAAGUCUCUGGGAAUGGCGUGGGGGAUCUACAUAUUCCUGAGAUGGGUAAUGGGGCGAAUGAAUUCAAUAUUACCAACUUCAUGGUCGAUGCUAAUUCAGACUGGCUGUUCAAGAAUCAGAGCUGA